AUGUCUGAAUUAUCACUUGUUGCCGCAGCUCUUUCUUCCAUAAUUAAUCAUCCUGUAAAGACAUAUCGUGAAUGCGUAGCUAAUGGUUUAGACGUUUUACCUAACCAAUUUUUAGACCUUGAUUUAGUUCAUAAAUAUUCCUUUGUUAAAGAAGGUGAUGAUAAAGUCGUUCAAAAACCUUCCUUCAGACAAGGUGAUGAAAUAGAUGAAAUAGAUGAAAUAGAUGAAAAGGUUGUUCAUAGACGUUCCAGACAAGGUGAUGAAAAAAAUGAAAAAAAUGGUAAUAGACGUUCCAGACAAGAUGACGAAAAAGAUGAAAAAGUUGUUGAUAGAUGUUCCUUUUUCAAUAAAAAAGUUCAAGGUAUCCUUGAUAUUAAUAUUUUACCUCCGCAACCAAUUCAAAUUUUUGUCAAAGCUUCUUUUGGGAAAAGUCAUUCAAUAUUCGUGGCUCCGAAUAUAACUGUCCUUGAAUUGAAACAAGCAAUUCAAGCAAAACUUUACAUUCAUAGACCUAUACGUCUUGGAUUUUCUGGUAAAAUAUUGAAUGAUAGUAGAACUCUAGAAUCUUACAAGAUCAAACGAAGUGAUACUAUUCAUAUUUUAUUUCGAAUACUCGGGGGUUGUGAAUUU